AUGUCUCCAUUUAACCAAAAAGUUGUGGUGAUAUGUAUGUUGAUGCUGUUAUCAGUGCAGUAUGUUCACAGCGUUCAAGUGAAUGCUUUAAACUCAAUUGACGGUCUUUUUAAUAAAAUUCAUGUCAAUAUUGCUAACUCUUUAGAAGGAAAUUUAGAUUUAACUCUUAAUUGUAAAUCAAAAGAUGACAAUCUUGGAGUUCAUCUUUUGCAUCAUGGCGAAACUUUUAGUUUUACUUUCCGUCCUAAAUGGUUUGCAAAAACCUUAUUCUUUUGUUCCUUUGCAUGGACGGGUGAAUUUCAUUGGUUUGAUAUAUUUAUAGAUUGGGACAGGCCGAGAGCUGAUUGUCAUAAUUGCAAUUGGAAUGUAUACAAAUCUGGACCAUGUAGAACUCCAGAAUCAAAGUCGCAUACACCUACACCUAUUUGCUUUCCGUGGAAUAAGCCACAAUGA